GAAUGCCAUAAUGCAGUAGCUAAAAGAAGUCCAGUUUUUUCUUUUGUCUUAGACACAAGUUGGGAGACGCCUGUAAGAAAUAAAAGAUUGAGAGUCAAUCUAUUCCUAGUAUAGCAGGGUACGUUGUUGGGCUAGUUGGUUCAUCUUAAUAACACAAAAAGACGAGGACAAGAAAUAGCACCUUUCCCGUAUACUUCUUGUCCUUGUCUUUUUUGCGCUAUUUCAUGUUUUACAUAUUCUUAGUACUAGAAGCUAUUUAGUCUAAACAAUCAAAUUUCCCUCUCGAUUACCAUAUUUCUGCUAUCCUGUGGUGCUUUAUGAACUACGAGAUUAGUCAAACCCUUUGCAGAUUUGGUAAAUGUUUCAUGGUGCCCAUACAAAUAAUCAUUCGGAGAACAAGAAGAAUACCAGUAGAAGUGGGAAAUCGCUGUCCGCUUUUCUCAUGCCCAGAUUUUAAAAGCAAGCAGGUUGGCGUGUGCCUGUACACAGAUGGAUCCGCAGCUGGGUUGUGGAGAAUGAAACGUCAGGCGUCAUCUACUGUGGGGGCUUUGUAUUUGUUGAAACUUCACCAAAAGGCAGGUGGAAAGGAGGCUGAGGGCACCUGGAAUACAAGGCAUACGUCGACGUUUCCGCCAGCGUACAGCCGUUGUGAAAACUGGUGCCUCUCUUUAGUGUUCCGUGAUUUGUGCAGCCGUGGAGCUGUGAGCCAAAAAGCUUCAGGAGUGUUCAGAAUUUAAUCUUUUGCCAGUAGUUAAUAAGCUCAACGUUCGAAAGCGUGGCACCCAUUCCAUGCCACCGGAUGUCUGCAUUUUUAGAUCUCGAAUCGUUUGACUGGGUUCUUAUUUAUUCAGCGAGAGAUAUAUAUGUCUUGCGAUCCUCCUAGGUUUCCCCAUUCUACGGUCUUGAAGGGUCGUAAAGCAAUGUGCUGCAAGCAAUACGUCGUCAGAUAUGCAUAUAUGUAGUUUUGAAACUUUCCAUCCUCUGAGAACAUUUUUUUUAACCUCCAGUUGUAGUCCUACAGCACCAGUUGUGCUUGGAUUUCUUUGCAGCAUAAUGUUGUUUUUCCCUCUGUUUUGAACCACUCCUGCAACAUUAUCUCGAUGUGACGCCACACGGAGUCCUUGGCUUCAGGGCAGCAUUAAGCAGGGGGGGAGAGGGUGCCCUCUAGCGGCAGCAGAAAAAAGAAAAAGGCCUUGCUCAGCGUCGAUUGUUCGAAAGUCUGAAGUCGGCAGAUGGUGUGGGCCUAUUGUAGGGGAAAGGUGUCUUUUAUAACGUAUUAGGACUCAUUGUGCGCAACGCCAGUGUAUACGUGGCUACCAGUUCCCGAAAUGCUGGGAGGUCUGGAUUUGGAGUUUUCGUCCUGCCUCGAGGGCGCCCUGUGGCCGCCGGCAGAGGAGAUGGACGCUCAGCUGCUGAAGCAGCCCCUGCUCAACUAUGGCCAGGAGCUGCUGAGUGCCCUGAAGGAGGAGCAGGGCAUCGAACGGGUGGGCUUUGCCCUGCAGGGCAUCAGCCGUGCAGACUUGCAGGCCAGCAAGCAGCGGGACAACAAGGACCCCCUGUUGCAGGAUCCCUCAAAGCGUUCCAAGUUCAUCCGCUUCCUGGCUCGCAAGGCGGACGUCUUGUACAAGCCGUGGGAAUCUGUGCCCCACUCGUCUACCACCGAUGGAGAGAACGAAGAGCUGUGCGCCGUGAUGCCUCCGCUGGAGAGCUUCAUGAGCAUCCCCGCCCCUGAGAGAAAGAAGCAUUUCUUCGAGGGCCUCAAGAAGGGGGACACUGUGAUUGGCCACGUGAGCGGCAAGCAGGAGAAUGGGCUCUUUGUCACCCUGCUUUGCAUGGACGGGGGCCUCCGCAGAGAGAUACACGACCUGGCCAUCAAGGCCUUCUGCCCGCUGAAUCAGGUGCCGACGUUUUCGGCCCACGAAAGCCCCUUCGACGUUUUCCAAACCAAGGAUCUCAUCAGAGGAGUGGUGAUCAGCUGCUCUGCAGAGUCUGAGCGCAUUAUCCUGUCAAUGAAGGCAGAUGCCCUGCCGGCAGACCAACAACACCUGAUGAAACUGGGACUGAUCACCGAAGAUGACAUCCCAUCUCACCACAAGCGCCUGAUGAGCACCCGGGGUCGGUCUUUCCAAGAGGUGCUGGAGCGAACGAUUGGCUUCAACAACCCGGCCACGGCCAGCCACAUGUGCUCUGUGCUUGGCAUUCCGUCUUGGAAACAGGCCUCACUCACCAAGGCGCUGCACCAGAAAGAAUUUUCUAAGGAUGAAUUUGCACCUGCCUUGCGCAAGGCCCAAUCCUCGAAGUGGGCCUACAAGAGCCUGAAGGACGGGGUGAUGCACUUCAAGGCCGGUAACCACAGCGAAGCCUUCGCCUGCCUCAACAAGGCCCUCCAAAUCGACCCCGAGAACGUGGAAGCUCUCGUAGCCAGGGGAGCCCUGUUUGCCAACAACUCCAACCUCCGUCGCGCCCUGGAAGACUUUGAGCAGGCACUGACGCUGAAUCCAAACCAUCCCAACGCCCGCAAGUACAUGUCAGAGACGCUGGUGGCCCUCGGAAAAUACUACGAGGAACGCGGCGACUUGGAAGGGGCGGUGAAGACCUACAAGAAGGCGGUGAAGGUGAACCUGAGCAAUUCGGACGCUCGAGAGGCCCUGAUCGCCAUGGAGGUGAAGGAGCGCAAGAAGGACAGCGUAGGUCUCCCCGACACGCGGUCCCUGUCGAGCCAGGCCUCCCUCCUGGCCGAGCUGCAGGGGGAGGUGGGCAAGUCCAAGGACACCCGGGAGAAGCUACGCCUGCUGCUCAGAGAGGAGGUGGACAAGAAGCACAAGAAGCACCGUCGCCACCGCAGUUCCUCCUCGUCCUCUUAUUCAUCGUCCUCCUCGUCGGGGGCCUCCUCUCGCUCCUCUUCGUCGAGCGGCUACAAGCGCCACGGCCGCAGGCACCACCGCUCCCGGCGCUCUCGCAAGGACCGCAAGGAGGGCAGCAAGGGCGAGCACCACCGUGGCUCCAAGAAGAAGCGCAAGUCCAAGGACCGGCACCGUGCGGCCGGCAGCCCGGCCCCCGAGCCGGCGUCGGCAGCUGCCGGGGCGGCUGCCCUGUCGGAGAGCUACUGGAAAGGGGACGAGCCCGUGGCCAGCAGCUCAGCCGGCAAGGGCACCGCUCAGCGCAAGAGCCUGAGCCCGCUGUCGAAGAAGCUGGCCCACCUGUACGAAGACGAGGAGGAGCUGCUGCACCAGCAGGGCCGGUCGGAGGAGGGCCCCUCUAGGGGACUGCCGUCCCCCAAGGUGACCUUCGUCAUGCGCUCGGGCCAGGACUUGCACGUACCCCGGCUCUUCAACGUUGACCCCAAGUCAGCUGCGGCCGCCAGCUCGGCCUACUACGAGCGCAAGGCCACCGAGGCCGGCCGCGGCUCCUCCGCCGAGCCUAGCCAGCCCCCGGCCCCUGCUCGGAUGGAGUCCGUGGUCAAGCGGACAGAGCCGCCCGCGGAGCGCAAGGGCAUAGAGUUCAAGUGGAAGGCGGUCAAGAAGCAGCUGCCGCACGUCGGGGGCAGCGGCGGAGCCGGUGAGAGCCACGAGGAGGGCUCCGUGAGCUCGGACGAGGCACGAGCCACCGAAGCUGCACCCGCCGCGGACAAGAUGGCGGCCUCGAGUCACGAGGAGGGCUCGAUCCACUCUGACUCCGACCAGGAGAAGGCACCACGGAAGGGCAAGAAGGACCGGUCAAGCAGCCGCGAGAGUACCCCCAAGGAGGGCGGUGGCGGCGGAAAGGGGAAGCGCAAGCUGAGGCGGCGCUCGCGCGCCGACUCGGAGAGCUACUCCUCGUCGGGGAGGUCCAAGUCACCGCCCGCGCGAAGGAGACGCCGGCGGGAGCGGAGCGGCGAGCGCUCCGAGGACUACUCGUCGGACCGGUCCAGCGCAGGCUCGCGGGGCCGCCGCGGCGGAAGGAGAGUUAGCCGGGGAGGCCACAGCUCGGACAGCUCACGGGAAGACUCGCGGCGCCGGCGCUAUUCAUCAGAGGAUUCACGGGAGGGCGGCAAACGCCGCCGGGACGAUAGCUACACCUCAGACUCGGACGGCUCGCACCGGCGCCACUCGCCCAUGCGCCGGGGCGGCUACCGGCCGUACUACUACAACAACAACCGGGGCGGCUACUACAAGGGCAACUUCAACAACCGGCGGUACAACAAUUACCGCGGCGGGUACCAGAACAACCGGUACUUCCGGGGUGGGCGUGGAGGUCGCCGCCCAUUCCGCCCUUACUACAACAACCGCAUGUCUCCGCGGUACUACAACAACAACAAUGGCGGAGGCGGAAACUACAACAACCGGAGCAGCUAUGGUCGGGACCGGCGGUCGGGGUCUGAGGGGCCACAGGACCGGUCCUUCUGUCCGCCAUGGAAGAGGCGCAACCCGAUCGUGAGCAGGGCUCCCGACGCAGAGGAGCUGAAGAAGUUGAGGGAGGCAGCAGCGCAGAGAGCGCAGGAGAAGCAGGAGAUGGCGGCGGAGGGGGCAAGUCAGCCGCGCAUCAACAAGGCGACCAUCAUCCGCAACUGGCUGGACGACGGGGACUCGCGAUCCCCGCCUUCCAGAGACGCCGGCAGUCCACCCCCGCGGAGGCGGGAGGAGGCACCGCCCCUGCCCCCUCCCCUUCCCACUGAAGCACCCCCGCUGCCAGAAGACGACUGAAGUUCAUCGGAAGUCUAUUCGUCUCUUCAUCGCCGUAUUGGCAGAAACCUUCGGAAGCCAUUUCCGGUCCACUGGAGCGUUUCUCAGCUCCCCUCUACUCGCAAUUUCUCGGCACUUCUCAGGUCUCGAAGACCUUUCAAAGUUUGGACACUUAUUUUUUUUUCUUUUGUCUCGGUUUGUUUCUCAUAUUUUGCCCCCAUCCCAUUUUUGCACCGUGCUUUUGUGGGUAAAGAUGCAUCGCAUAACCAAAGUUGUCUAGCACUUGUUUAGUGCUUUGUAUCUGUGCGAGGAAAUGUGGCGGAAAGAUUAGGGGGUCAUGCUGUCUCUUUGACAGUGUUUUUUUUUUGCUUUGUUUUGUCUUUUGUAUAUAGAACAAUAAAGGCGAGCCACAAUUGUGCGUCUUGA